AUGGACUUGGAUAUUUCGACAAUACUUAAAAAUUUUGAGAACUCCUCAAGUAGGAGGGAUAGUUUGAAUAUCUCUGCUAUUCCUAUGCCGCCAGUAGUAGAAAGGUCAAAAAGGGUUGAGAUGAGAUAUAUUCCCACAACACCUUACAAGAUAUUGGAUGCACCUGGGAUUAUUGAUGACUACUAUCUGAACCUUUUGGACUGGAAUAACAGCUUAAUUGGGAUUUCUCUCAAGGAUACCGUCUACUCCUUUAAUACCGAUUCUGGGGAUGUUAACGAGGUAUAUAACUGCAAUCAAAAUUCGCACUCACAAACCGACAACAGUUCAUAUAUAUCUUGUGUCAAAGGUCAGGAUGGCAAAUUGGCUAUUGGUGAUUCUGCAGAGAUCUGUGGGAUGAAGUGGAGUCCUACCAACGAGUAUUUAGCAAGUGGAAGCAAUGACAACAGUGUGAAGAUUUGGAAAUUGGGAUAUCCAAUGUGUAAAACCCUUAAGGGGCAUUCAUCUGCUGUUAAAGCAAUGGACUGGUGCAGCUGGAAGAGCAAUACACUGUGCACUGGGGGUGGUUCUAAGGAUAAAACAAUAAAGUUUUGGGAUAUUUUCAAUCAAACACCGCUGAAAACAAUUGAAACCGCUAGCCAG